CGCUCCUUCGCCGCCGCGAGCAGACAGAGAAAGCCGAGCCGCGCCACGCAAGCAAGCCUGGAAAGAUGCUGCUUAGCGUGCCGGAGGGAUGGGAAAAGAUGAAGGAAGAACUGAGAGAGAGGAAGGAAGAGAGCGAAAUGAGGAAAGAACAGCCACCCAAGUGGGCGGGAUAGACGACGCAAGGACGCACGAAUGACUGCCUGAUUGAUGGAAAGAAGGAACAACAAUGCCGACGACGACGACGACGACGACGACGACUGCAUCACAUACAUACAUACGGAUGGAUGCAUGCAUGCACGUUCGUACAAACAUACACACACACGCACGCACAUACCCCAUACAUACCCCCACACGACAGCAACAGCAGCAGUCGCAACGACCCAUAUCAUACCAUGCCAUACCAUACCCUACCUUGGCGCAACCCUGCGAGCGCAUUUUUAGUAGUAGUAGUAGUCCUAGUCAUAAUACCCGGCCUUCGCCACCCAACCUUUUCUUUUUGUUUCUUACAAUAUGUAGAUAUCCAUAUACAUAUACAUAUUUAUACAUUAUUUCAUUCUUUAUACCUUCCAUCAUAUCUACCUUCUUACCUCCCUGCCUUAACAAGCACUGGCCAAUAGCACUGUAGCAUAACUAUCUAGGCAUCUAGUCAUUACCACUACCAUAGGUAUUCAGCCAGCACCCACACGCUUUUUUCGUCACUGCGCU